CACACGAAAAAUGCAAAACAACCAAAAUUUCGACAUCAAGCUCUAUCACGACGAUGGUCGUCCCAAACGAACCGGGACCGUUUUCACAGCGAGUUCACACAUGAUCACUGCCGUGAUAGGCCCGGCUGUUCUUUCACUGGCUUGGGCUAAUGCUCAAUUGGGAUGGAUUGCAGGUCCCACCAUACUCAUUUUGUUCUCCGUAAUUACACACUACACUUCCUCUCUCCUAGCAUCGUGCUAUCGAGACGGUGACUCUAACAACGGCAGGAGACACUACACCUACAUGGAUGCUGUUAGGUCUAAUCUAGGGGGGAUGCAGGUUAAGUUGUGUGGGGCUAUUCAAUACUUGAUUAUUUCUGGGGCAGCUAUUGGCUUCACAUUGGAGGCUUCAAAAAGCAUGAUGACUAUUGAGAGGUCAAAUUGCUUCCACACAAAAGGGCAUGAAGAUCCUUGCAAAGUCUCUAGCAAUUAUUACAAGAUUGCAUUUGGUGUGGUGCAAGUGAUUCUCUCACAAAUCCCCAAUUUUAAAGAGACUGGGUGGCUCUCUAUUGUUGGUGCUGCCAUGUCCUUCACUUUUUCCUUGAUUAGCUUAGGCCUUGGAAUCUCCAAAGUUGCUGAAAAUGGGGCAGUCAAAGGAAGCCUCACAGGAGUGAGCAUUGGUGAAGUCACAGAAAUGGAGAAGAUUUGGGGAAGCCUCCUAGCACUUGGUGCAAUUGCUUUUUCCUAUUCUUACUCAUUAAUCCUCAUUGAAAUCCAGGACACAAUCAAAUCCCCACCAUCUGAGUACAAAACAAUGAAGAAGGCCUCCUUGAUAAGUGUAUCUGUCACAGCCGUCUUCUACAUGCUCUGCGGCUGCUUCGGCUAUGCAGCCUUCGGUGACAUGUCCCCGGACAACCUCCUCACUGGCUUCGGAUUCUACAACCCCUACUGGCUCCUGGAUAUCACCAACACAGCCUUAGUCAUCCACCUCGUUGGUGCCUACCAGGUCUUCUGCCAGCCCUUAUUCGCCUUCAUCGAGAAACUCGCACAAAAACACCUCCCAGAGAGCACGUUUUCCGUCAUAAACAAGGAGAUCCCAGUCCUAGUCCCGGGCCUAAAGAGCCCCUUCAAGCUCAACCUGUUCAGGCUCGUGUUGAGGAGUGUGUUCGUGGUGACAGCGACCAUGAUCUCCAUGGCCAUGCCAUUCUUCGGUGGUGUCGUGGGGGUCCUCGGGGCGCUCGGGUUCUGGCCCCUCACGGUGUUCUUCCCGGUCGAGAUGUAUAUCAGUAGCCACAAGAUUCCUAAGUGGAGCUCAAGAUGGAUAUGUUUGCAGAUGUUGAGUGGGGCUUGUUUGAUCAUAUCUAUUGCUGCUGCUGCUGGCUCAGUUGCUGGAGUUGUUUCUGAUCUCAAGGUUUAUAAGCCUUUCAAGACUAGCUAUGAGUAGUUGUAGAGGAUGGACGUGUUUUAUCAUAUCUAUUGCUGCUGCUGGCUUAUGAUAGAUGUUAUCUCACAUUAGAGUGAAAAAAAAAUAGAUAAAUGGUGAAAUUGUUCCUUGUAGGUAUGGAUGAAAAAAAUAAGGAAAUCAAAGAGUGAGAAUUUUUCUUCUCUCUUAUGAAAUUGUUCCUUGUAGGUAUGUUAUCUCUUGGGAAUUUAGAUCGAACAUCAAAGAGAGAGAUUGCCAAUGAAAUUAGAAGUAAUUCAUCUCUCACAACUAAUAUUUCAU